AUGGCCCACAGCGGCCGGCGGCGCACCAGCGGCUGCACCGUCAUCAGGAGCUCCUUCGCGCCCUGCUCGCCGGCGUGCAAGCCCACGACGCUGCGGAUCGGCAGCAAGUGGGCGGAGCUCCAGGGCGCGCGGGACUGGGACGGCCUGCUGAGCCCGCUGGACGGCGCGCUCCGGGGCGAGCUGGUCCGGUACGGGGAGUUCGUGCGCGCGGCGUACGCCAGCUUCGACUUCGACGGCGGCGCGCCGUCCUACGGCUCGUGCCGGUUCCCGAGCCGCUCCCUGCUGCGCCGCGCGGGGAUGCCGGGGAGGCGGGGACCGGGUACCGGCUACAUCGGCUUCGUCGCGGUGUGCGACGACGAGCGCGAGAUCGAGCGGCUCGGCCGCCGCGACGUCGUCGUCGCGUUCCGCGGCACCGCCACGUGCGGCGAGUGGGUGGACAACUUCAAGUCCGGCCUGACAAGGCUCCCGAUCCCGACCGGCGAAGAGAAUGGAGAGGAGGAGGCGAUGGUGGAGAGCGGGUUCUGGAGGCUCUUCACGGCGCCAGGCGAGGCGCACAGCAGCCUGCAGCAGCAGGUGCGCGACGAGGCGCGGCGGAUCGCCCACGAGUACGGCGGCAGCGGCAUGCCGCUGCUGAGCAUCACGGUGACGGGGCACAGCCUCGGCGCCGCGCUCGCGGUGCUCACCGCCCACGAGAUCGCGACGACGCAGCAGCAGCGACAGGAAGAGGAACACAGCGGCGCCGAAGAGCCGGAGAUGAUGGUGGCGGCCGUGUCGUUCGGCGGGCCGCGCGUGGGCAACGCGGCAUUCCGGCGCAGGCUGGAGGAGAGCGGCGGCAAGGUGCUCCGCGUGGUGAACUCGGACGACAUCGUGACCAAGGUGCCGGGGUUCCCGGUGCACGAGAACGACGACGGCAACCAGCCGGCGAAGGGGAUGAUGAAGGCGAGGGUGCCGAGGUGGCUCGUCUCCAAGAUGGGGUGGGCGUACGCCGACGUGGGGCGCGAGCUGCGGCUGAGCCAGGCCGCCGGCUCGGCGUCCAACGUGGUGGCCUCGCAUGACCUCGACUUGUACCUCAAGCUCGUCGCUUCUUGCACAGACUAG